AUGGAUAUCCGCGCCGCCCUCCCCGUCUCCCUUCCCCAUCCCCAUCCAACGACGAGUUACUGGCAGGAUCCUCCUGAUGCCUUGCUAGCGGAUUAUAGGAGUCCUGAUGCGGGGUUGUUUACUACAGAAGAUGGGGGGAGAGAGGGGGAGGUGGUUGAUACGGUUAUUGUUGGGAGUGGGAUUAGUGGUGCGAGGGUUGCUUGGGGGUUGCUUGGGGAUGGUGGUGAGAGUGGGGAAGUUAGGGAUGGUGAGAGGGGGGAGACUGGGGGGCAAGAGAGAGGUGGGAUGAGGAAGAGGAAGACAGUGGUUAUGUUGGAAGCGAGACAGGCUUGUUCUGGUGCUACAGGGAGGAAUGGUAUGUUUUCCCUCUUUCUAUUCCCUUCUACACGCCCAUCAGGAGCUAUACUAUACACUUAAUAGUGGAAAUCCAAACCCAACUUUUCCCAUCCAUACCAACUCCUCAAGUUUCUCCCUCUCUUCCCCAAAAAGGAAAAGAAAAAAGGAAAGAAAACCAAACCACAAAACUAACAUAACCCCCAGGAGCCCACACAAAAGCCGCCUCCUACCGCUCAUUCCCCUCCAAUGUCUCCCUGCUCGGCGUCGACGAAGCCCUCCGCAUCGCCAGACUCGAAUACCGAAAUAUCCUCGCCGUCCACGCGUUCGCCGCCAAAUACAAGAUAGAGUGUGAAAGCAGGGUUUGCGAUACGGUUGAUGUUAUAUUCGAUGAUGUGCAAUGGAGACAGUGUGUUGAAGCUGUGGGGUUGAUGAAGAGGUUGUUUAUUGAGGAGGGAGAUGCGGAGGGAAUAGCGCGGUACGAGCUUUUCGAUAAGGAGGAAGCGAGGAAGAAAUACUUGGUAAAGGGAGAAGAUAUGGGGCAAGUAAAGGGGGGUGUUCGGUAUGCAGCUGGCAGUAUAAACGCCUACCGUUUCGUCUGUGGAGUCCUCAAGCUCUGUCUAUCUCGCGGCCUCGAACUCCACACCCACACACCCGUCCUCUCCCUCUCACGCCGCAACUCAAUAUGGAAUAUCCACACCCCCCGCGGCAUCAUCAAAGCUAUACGAGUGGUCCUAGCUACCAAUGCAUAUACAUCAUCCCUCGCCCCCUCCUUCCAAGGCUCCAUCGUUCCCCUUCGCGGCCAGGUCACCGCGCAAAUCCCGCGUAAGGGGCUACCACCAGAUGGAUUGCAGACGACGUAUAGUUUCAUCUAUGCGAAUGGGUAUGAAUAUAUGGUUCCUCGUCCAGCUGACACCCGCUUCCCGGGGGAUAUCGUGAUUGGAGGCGGGUUAGUGAAAGCGAGUGAUGAGGGAGUGGGGGAGUUUGGGACGGUUGAUGAUUCGGGUCUAAAUCCUGUUAUCAGUACCUAUUUGAAGGACAGUCUGGUGGGCUAUUUUGGAGAGAGUUGGGGGGAGGAUUGUAAUGGGGAAGGAGGCAGGGUGAGGUGCGAGUGGACGGGGAUUAUGGGGUAUACGCCUGAUGGGUUCCCCUUCGUUGGAAGGGUUCCUGGGGAAGGUAAUGAGGGACUUUGGGUGAGUGCGGGGUUUGUGGGACAUGGAAUGGUGCUUUGUUGGGAGUGUGGGGGGAAGCUGGUUGAGAUUAUGAUGCAGGAGAGUGGUGAGGGGGGUGAUGAGGUGGGUGAUGAUGGGGGAGAGGGGUUCCCGAGGGCGUUUUUGGUAGAUGGGGGGAGGUUGAGGGAGAGGUUUAGGGGACGGUUGCAUACUGGUUGUGGGGAUGGGGAUGGGGGUAGGGUGUGA